AAUAGAAUCAGUUCGCCUAAAUUGUACCAUUACAAUCCAGAUAAAUAACUUCUACUGUUGCUAAUACAAUAAAUACAAGAAAUUUACAAAAUGGGAAGCAAAAUUUUUAUUUAAUCUGUUUAAGUGAUUAAUAUGCACUAACGCACAGACGAAUGGCAUUAGUACGUACCUACUAAAUGUUAAAUUUUGUGUAUUUUAUCUACAGACACGGCAGUAUUACGAUUUAAUUAUAUAUAUCAAGAUUAUCUGCAGGUCAUAUUUAUCUGAAGAUAAAGAAUACACAUUCUUAUAAAAUAACAGUCUGUAUAUAUUUUAAACUAGACUUAUUGAAGUUCAUGAUGUCGAAAGAUAUAAAGAAUAAAGUGGUUUUGAUUACCGGUGGUGCUUCUGGAAUCGGUUACGAAAUAGCUGAUAGAUUUCUUGAAAAAGGCGCCUGUAAAAUUAUUUUAGUCGAUAUCAAUGAAAAACUUGGAAGUGAUGCAAUAAAAACGUUCAAUUUAAAAUAUGGGAACGAUAAGGUAUACUUUUUCAAUAGCGAUGUAACAAGUGCCAAGACUCUUUGGAAAACAAUAACUGAUACCUUCAAGGAUGUUGAUGUUCUGGUGAAUAACGCCGGGAUAGUACACGAAAAAGAUGUAAAAAGAAGUAUUGAUGUAAAUGUUACCGCAUUAAUUGAAUUAUCUUUUAUGUUUUGGGAGCACAAUCGGAAGGAUAAAUCUGGAAAAGGUGGAACAAUUAUAAAUCUCGCUUCCAUUUAUGGAAUCAGAUCUUAUCCCAUUAGUCCCGUGUAUCAAGCUUCAAAAUUUGCUGUUAUGGGAUUUACCAAAUCACUCGGACAUCAAUACAAUUUCAAGAGGUCUGGUGUUAGAGUUGUCGCAAUAUGCCCAGGAUUCACUGAAACUAACCUGCACAAAAAUUAUAGUCUUUGGGAUGAUACUUUAAGUGAUUACGUUACUGAGUUUGUGAAAGUUCAACUUUGGCAAAAAGUUGACUCUGUGGGCAGAGCGGCGGUUGUAAUAUUUGAAAAAGCUGAAAGUGGUACAGCCUGGUUGAUUGAAGGAGGUGAACCUAUCAAAGAAGUUUAAAUUGCCUACGUUCCUACCUUUUGGAAUGCUUUAUAAUCUGAUAACAGAUUGAAACGCACUAAUUCUAAAACCAAGGAGAUUGUAAAUUAAAUUAAAUAAAAUUGUUAGAUACGUCCGACACAUACGUGUUUGAAUUAAAUUUAUUAUAUUAACAGCCAUU